ACAAGACCGGAAAAUUCAAAGCAAAGGCCCACACACAUGAUGAUAUUUGAGCAAAGAAAACAACCUCAAGAUUAAAUUUGGGAUUUAAAACAUGUAAGAGAGUAAAUGGGGGAUGUCCUCUUGUAGCUACAAGUGCUAGACAUUUUUUUUAUAAAUUUGUUAGCAAAAGUUUCACUGAAAAUUCGGAUAGGCUAUUCACACGCAAAAAAAAACAAAGAAGAACCAAAUAGUUAGUUGCACUUACAACAAGCGAGAUGCACCGGUUGGCAAGGGUCAGGGCGCCUGAGGUUAAUUAUGGCCCAUGAAACCAGUGAUAAUCGUUCCAGUUAACCCCAGCGUCAUGUAUGCCUAACCAGCCAGGGUAUGUGUGCAUUUCCGUAGUAAAUAAUUUCAGUUGCAAAACUAUAUGGUGUUCUAUUCCAGCAACCAACCUUCAAGCCAAGGACCCAAACUUGAAUAGGACAAAAAGAAAAUCACUUCUCCACCAUGCAGCUCAGUGUUACAUGUUCAUAGAUUCCAAAACAAACAAAAUAAGUAGCAAUGUAUUUUUUGCAGAGGCUUAACAAAUAAGAAAAAAAAUGAUUGGAUAACCUUAGAAAAUAAGAAAUAAGGUUUUGACAUAAUAAAAUUCCGUAAAAUAAAAAAUCCAUGACAAUGCAUAUGCCUUAGUUAAGCACCGUUUACAGUUGCAGAAUGCCUUAGAUGUCCCAUCUAUGAUGACAACUAUUGAAUCAAUAUGAUAUUCUUGGCCUGUACCAUAAAUAAAGUUACAUUUUAGAACUACAAAUAAGUGAACAAAAUUGGUAGCAGGUUGCAACUUAGAAUAGUGAACAAAAUUUCAGUAAAAUAAUGUCACAUUUUAGAAUAGUGAACAAAAUUUUAGAUUUAUAUUCUUUGUUUGCAACUUAUAACUCGUAGUCUAAAUUUGUAGCAGGUUGCAGCCAGGUCUGGCCUAAAUCAGAUUCGGAUAUAUUAUGGUAUGGGAGAGGUCGUUAAUGGUCCGUCGGGGGUUGAUUUAAGUCCGUUUCCUCUUGCCACCGUUGAACAUCCGAAUCCUGAGGGUGCUAACAUAAGGGAUCUCAAGGAUUGGUUCGUGGCGAUGUUUCAACUAGAUGGCAAUAUUUGUUUAGUCACGUUUCAAUGCCUGUAUAUUACGGACAUUAAUCCAGUCAUUUAUGCACUGCGAGUUGCAGAUCGAAUGUAUAAGUGGAGGAAAUGGGUAGAGUGGUGCAGGCGGUGCAAUGUUCCGUUGACUAUUCUGGUCCAUGCAUGUCCAAAAGAAGUGGUCGGUGAGGCAAGCUCAUCUCAUCCAGUCGAGAACGAGGGUGCUUGUUCUGGUGAUGUGUUUGUGCACCAGCUACAGAUUACAGAGGAAGGUGAGGGAGAAAGGGAGGAAAUUGAUGUUGAUGGUGUGGCAGAUGGUGGAGAAAGAUCUGAAAGGAUUGUUGAAGAUCUAGUAGCUGUUGACCGCAACGCCUUGGAAGAAGAGGAGAACAUGAAUAUGGAUGAUGGGAUGGACGACGAUGAAGAUGAAGAAGAAGAAGAUAACAUGUCGAAUCAAGCUCCGAUUCCGGAGGAAUGGAAUAGGCCUGAUCAAUCGAGUAUGGAAGCUAUGGACAUGCACCGGUCUCGUUACUAAUAUGGUUGCAGCAUGAUUCAGCCGGGUCAAUUAUUUCCAAAUAAGCAAGAAUUGAAGGACACAAUUUCACGGUGGGCGGUGACGUCAUUAAGAGAGGUGUAUGUUCAGACUUCAAGCCCAUCAAAAUACAGUGUCAAGUGCAGGGUUACGGGAUGCACCUUCUAUGUACAUGCCCAUGUGCCGAAGAAUGAGAUCCAUUGGGUUGCCUCUAUCGUGCAAAAUCACAGUUGCACGCUUCAGAACUUAGGUAAGAGGCAUCGUAACUUGACAACGUCUCUUAUUGCAAAUGAACUAUAUAGUGAAAUAAUAGAAAAGAGAGACAUGGAGUGCUCCUUCAUCCAGUGGUCAGUUUGUAGACAAUUCAAGUAUGACAUUACAUAUCAGAAAGCUUGGCAGGCGAAAUAGAUUGCACUGGAGAAGCGUUGGGGCUCAUAUGAGGCAUCAUAUUGUAACCUUCCCCGUGUCCUUGACAUCCUGAAGGAAAGGAACCCUGGCACGUAUACCGCAUUCAUGGAAUCGGUCUAUAACAGACAGCCAAAUGUGUUCGGACGCGCUUUUCUUUCUUUGGGUCCUUGCAUUGAGUCAUUCAAGCAUUGUUGACCAUUGCUUUGUGCGGACGGGACCUUCUUGACGGGGAAGUAUAAAGGGCAGAUACUAACUGCGAUUGGUGUUGAUGCAAACCAGCAAAUACUGCCUUUGGCUUUUGCCUUUGUUGAGGGUGAGAACAAGGAAAGUUGGCUAUGGUUUCUUAGGCAUCUUAAGGCCGGUGUUGUGCAGGAUCGGCCAAAUAUUUGUCUCAUUCUUGAUCGGCAUGCAGGCCUAUUAUCAGCAAUUAAGUUCAUGCAAGAGGAUGCAGACGAGCCGGUACCCUGGCAUGACCUACAGAGCAGGUGGUGCAUGCGCCAUAUGGCGGCCAAUUUCUACAAGAAAUUUUGAAGCAGAAAGCUGAUGGAUAUGUUCAAAUUACUGUGCUGCCAAAACCAGGAGGACAAGUUCAAUGCAAUAUGGAAGGAAUUAGAUAAGCUGACGCGGGCUCAUGUCACUGAAAUGAGCAAGAAGCUAGUGUCAGAUGACAACCCUAAGGUGACUCCUGGACUACCGGCACUCGGUGAAGGUCUAGAUGACCCUAGUGUACGACGACGAAGGGCUCGAAAUAUCAAGUGCUUCUCUCACUGGAUAGAGGCGGAGCCCAAAGAGAAGUGGGCAUUGCUCUUUGACACAUUGGGUGCUAGGUGGGGUAUAAUGACCUCGAACCUAGCAGAGGUAUACAAUUGGGUGAUAAGAGGUCUGCGUGGUUGUCCUCUAGUAGGAAUUAUAGAAGGUAUGUUGUAUGGCAUCAUAAAGUACUACCAAAAGCGUCAUGCUGCGGCAAUUCUUCAUAGCACAAAAGUCCAGACACCGUUUUGCGACAAGAUGUACAAAUGGAUGGAGAAAGCUAUUAGUAAGGCAUCGCAACAUAUAGUCAUUGCAAUGGGUACGCACGAUAACCGUUUUGAGAUAACUGUUAGAGCAAAAGGAGGAGUAGGAAGGGAGACAACCCUUGUGACGCAUGAAGUCAACUUGGGCUGACAAUUUAAUGGAUGGGCAGAAUGCACCUGUAAUAAGCCAAAGCUUUUGCAUGCUCCAUGCUCACAUGUCCUGGCCUCACUUGCCCAGGUUGGAGUUUCUAGUGGUGGUUAUAUCUCUACCUUUUACCUGAAGGAAAACGUUGAGCAAACAUGGACCAGUGAUUUUUAUGGAUUCAUGGCACAUGGAGACUUCUCGGUAUACAAUAAGGACCUGCCAAUAUGCAUCCCGCCAAUGGACUUGCUCCGUCACUCUCAUGGCAAAGGUGGACGUCCUCAGACAAGACGUAUACGCAACGAUAUGGACGAAUCCGAAGUAGGAGGUCCAAUGAGAAGGUGCAAGACAUGUGAAGAGUUUGGCCACAAAACAAUGGACUGUCCAACCACUAGUUCUGUCUGCACGAACGUUGAAGGAGGAAGCACCUCAGCACCCCGACGUGGAAGAGGCCAUGGUAGGGGCCGUAGGGGAGUACUUUCGCUAGAGGAUUAUGACUACGCUGUUUAAGUAUAGUUGUACCUUGUCAUAUCUGUGUCUGGUUUAAGGUUUAUUUCUAAUAUGCAGUAUUGGAACAUAUGUAAUAAGUAUUGGACCUGUAUCUGUUGGUAAUGCUGAUAUGUAUUAGGGUUUAGGUUAUGUACAAGUUGGUAGUGCUGAUAUGUAUAACUGCACGUUCUAUAUUUCGUUAGAUGUCUUUUAUAAUUAUUUUUAUGUGUAAUAUUGGACCUUCAUAAUAAGUACUAAACAUCUGCAAUAUUAAUUUCGUUUGAAAAGAACUCAUGUUUCAUUAAUUAAUUGUAUGUACGGCCGAUUAUGAUGAUACGACCAUGUUAACUAAUAAUGUUGUUUCUGUAGGAGGAUGGAGCUGCUUAACGAUUCUAUCGACCGACAGCACCAUGGUUACGCACACGUCACGCAGGGGAACGAUGCUGUCCCCGUUCUUCGCGCCCGUGCGCCGAAGAAAGCUUGGCCUAUUCACCCACACUAGAUCCCUAGGUUGACGCGUGCUGGACUGCUUCCCCUAGCGCGCAUGAUCGAAGCAACGGGAGAAGAUGUAGCCGAUGCAGAUGACGACCACGAGCCGCCAGAACGGUCCAGACGUUUCCCCUAUGACCAGUCACUCCUGUCGGCCUUGGUGGACCGAUAGAAGCUGGAGACGCACACCUUCCACAUGCCGUUCGGGGUGAUGACAGUUACACUUCAGGACGUCUCCAUGCUAACGGACCUUCCUAUUCAGGGAAGCCCCAUUGGACCCUCCAUGAUAGAUUUGAACUGGCAUGAGAACUUGGCACAGAGGUUCCAGCUUGUGCUACCGAACCAAGAAGUGAACCUUAAUAUCACAACAAAUAAGGGACACGGGCCACAACUGCAGUGGUUGAAGUUGUUUAGGCUAGAGAGAAUGGUGGACGACUACACGCCGUACCAGCUCGCUCGUCACUUGGAGGCGUACCUUCUCUGGUUGUUUGGGUGGGUGAUGUUUACCAGUUCACAUGGGGACAUAGUCGAUGCUCGUUGGAUACCCCAUGCGCGAGCUAUUGCAGAUAACGAGCUGGACGAUAUUCCUCAGCUUUCUUGGGGUUCAGCUAUCCUUUGCUGGACAUAUCGAGAGUUGUGCCAGGCAUGUGUCAGAAAGAAGCCUAACUCCAACAUGACCUGUAUGCCUCUACUAGUCAAUCUGUGGUCGUACGAACGGUUCCAAGUUGGACAUCCCUACAUCCAGCCUAAGCAGUACACAGCGGAGAUGUACGUUGCGGACAUGAUCGACCGACUGACCAUGGGAUCCCAUUGGACACGCCGUCGGCCGCAGUGGGGGCGCCUUCAGGUUAGGUCAACCUACGAAGCGUUCACUGAGCAGUUCGACCACAUGAGGCCUAAGCACGUCACAUGGGAGCCGUACUCGCAGUACGCUAUUUACCACAAGAGCAGGGGUCUGGGUAUUUCGGAGGCGUGCUACCAGGACAGCAUGUACUGGAUGAUGCGUAAGAAGCUCAUGUUCGAUGUCUUUGUUGAGGACUACACGGUGCAUCGUGUCAUGAUGCAGUUUGGCCUGCGGCAGGAGGUUCCAGUGCCCUGGGGUAACCUCGUCGAGGCUGGCGUGCACGUGUACAAAAUGCAGGGACCGCGGAAGCCACUUAUUGACCUUAUGAGGAGGAUGCAACCAGGGAUCGAUGGUUGGGGACAAGCCCUGCACGACCGAGUGGAGGAGCAGGCACCGUUCGACAUGGGUUCAUACGAAGCGUACCUCUAGUGGUACACUCCUCGCACUCGCACCAGGCUUUUUUUUUGCAUCAACAACCAGCAGGUCAAUGCGCCCGCGUUGCCGCCACAAUCUCUACUGUACCUUGGACACGCUGACCAAGCGCUUCACCAGGCGGCUGACAUAGGUAUGGAGAUAGAGCAGGAUGCCGCAGCAGCUGUUGUGUUGCUUCGUGGCCGGGACUCAAGUGGGCGGUACGACGAUGUUAUUGACAUGUUCUCUCGCCUUUGCGAAAAGGCAAAGCGUCUGGUUCAAGUCGUUACAUGCCGACAAACGGGCAAUGUCAUCGUACCCCGUGCCGCCACUGCUACUAGGGAAAGGCCACCACGACCUCCUAUGACUUCUGCAGGUACAGGCAUGCCCGUCCAGCUCCCACGUACUCCAAUUGCUGACACAGUGGGGCCGUCUACGUUUCAUCAUGCCACCAUGUCUACCCCACCAAGACCUUUUGUGUUCAGGGUGGCACCUACAAGUUACCCACAACCAGGCUUCGUAGGGUUCAACCCUUCCAUGGGCGCCCCAGUUGGAGCACAGUACGACGACAGGCAUGCCGGUUCUGGGUCUUCUUAUUCAGCUUCGGAGGCUUACGGUAUCCGAGCUAGUCAGCACGAGAUGGACUUUGGCCAUUACUUCAGUUACCCACAGGCGACGCAAGACACCCAGGACAUUGUGGAGGAGGAUGUGGUACCUGCCAACCUGCCACAGAGGCGUGAGGUGAGGCCUACCAUUCUCUUCUCUCCGGCAGACUACGACAGGCCUAGGGCCCCCCCCGUGUCCGCACGGAAGCCACAAAGGGGUAGAGCGGACCGUCAGGGCCGCGGUAUGGGUGAGGAAUAGAAGAUUGAUGUUGUAUGGGCUUCUACAGUGCUACCUCAUGUAUUAUGUUGGGUUACUAUGACUUCCACCAUGUCAGCGACUAUGUACUAUGAUACGUAGGCCGUUGUAGGGUUUUGCUCGAUGCGACACAACGGUGCAAUGAUAGUACAACUAGUAGGCCGGUGCAGGGGUAUCAUCGCUAGGCCGGUGCAGGGCUAUCUUCGCUAGGCCGGUGCAGGGCUAUCAUCGCUAGGCCGGUGCAGGGUUAUCAUCGCCUCCUCUCCCCGGAUACUAAACAUGCCUGUGCCUAUAUAUACACGCAACGCUUGAGAUGCAACUUCAAAACCACAGCUCAACUAAAGUAGAUAUGUUUGGAGGGUCUUCUAGUGCAAAGGGUUUCGGCCGCGGGAGCAGAAAUGGGGGUAGGAAGGGUCCUCUUAUAGUGUGGGACGGACCUGUGGGUCCGAAGUUCUUUGGUGAAGCUGUGUAUGAGUUUCCAGUUGAGUGCAAAUCUGAUUUCAGCAACGACAACCGACUGAGGGGAUACGAUAAUCGCAGAGAAGAGUGGCCAAAAUGUUCGCAUGGUGAGGACUGCGUAGUGCAAAUGAUGACUGACGGGACGGAUGGAGGUCGUCACUUCUUAAGAUGCCCGCGAGCAUGGGUACUUGCUAUCACUCUUCGUUUGCACAACACUUUUCUCAUGUUUUCUAAAAUUAACACGGGUUUAUUUGUUUUAGUCUUCCGAGGCUCCGGAAGGCUGCAAGUUUGCUAGAUGGGUCGACCCUCCUCCUAUUCAUCCACAUGCGGAGUACAUCUACUACGUGCAGAAUCAUAUCUUCGAUCUAGAAAGGGAAAUGAGCGCCGGUGACGUGGAAGACAAUAUCAAUAGCGAUGAUACCGAUUCACAGGAGAUACU